GGUCGGCGGGCGCCGCGCUGGCGGGGUGGCUGGCAGUGGCGCUGUUGCUGCUGGGCUGGCGCCGCCGCGCCCCUCCCGCCGCCUCCGCCUCCGCCCCCGCGCGCCUGCUGCUCCUGGCGGGGGCGCUGGGCGGCGUGGCGCGCGCGCUGCUGGCUGGCUUCCCCUUCGCCGCGGCCGCCGCCCUCGCCGGCAGGUGGGUGUUUGGCGACGGCUGCUGCACCCUGUUCGCCGCGCUGCGCCUCCAGCUGGACGGGGCGCUGCGCUGCGCAUGCGCGUUCCUCGCCGCGCAGCGCGCCUUCCCUCGCCUGGCAGGGCCGUCUUCGAGCCGCGUGCUGGGGGGCGUGGCUGCGUGCUGGGCCUUCUCCGCCGCCUGGGCCGCCGCCCCCCUCCUCGGAUGGGGCAGGUUCGGAUGUGACGUCACGGGCUUCUGGUGCGAGUUGGACUGGCGGCCCGAUGGCGGCGCGCGCUCCGCUCUCAACGCCCUCUGCCUGCUGUUUGGCGAACUAGUGCCGCUGCAGCUCGCGUGCGUGCUGUCGGCGGUGGCGGUACGUCGAACCAAGAGGCCUCCAGAUGAGGUGGCGGUGGACGAGGUGGAGGAACAGCAGUUGCACCGGGCGUCGCUGCUGCUGUCGGGGGCGCUGCUGCUGUCGGGGCUGCCGAGCGUCGCCGCGCAUGCGCUGUUGCUGUCCGGAGAGCGCCAGCUGCCCACCGCCCUGCGCUUCGCCACGCCCCUCGCCCUUGAGGUACGCCUGCCCGCG